AUGCGAAUCCGAUGUUUCCUCAUUUAUUUUCUUCUCAUUAUUAGUUGUGCUACUCGACAUGGUAUGAUGGGAAAAGUUUUAAGAUUUAUUGAACGUACUCAAUUGCCAGUUUAUUUAACACCUAUGGCUAAAGGAGAUAUUGAUGAAAGACAUCCACAAUUUCAUGGUAUUUUUUCUGGCAAUUGUUCAACAGAAUCAGUUCAAAAAGAAGUUUAUAAUGCAGAUUUAAUUCUUUCGGUUGGUUCAAUGAAUAGCGAUUUCAAUACAGGUGGUUUUACUUACCGUUUAUCACAGAAAAAAGCUAUCGAAUUCCACACGUAUCAUACGAAAAUAUUCUCUGCUGUCUAUGAUAAAGUUGAUAUGCGUGAACUUUUACCUGAUUUAACUGAGCAUUGGCCAACUAAUAUUAUUCGUCAAUAUAAUGGUACACAAAAUAAUAUUGAACCAGUAAUAUUAGAUGCUAAGCAUCAAACUGAAAUUGUACAUGAAUAUUUAUGGCAUAAAUUACCAGACUUUAUUCCAGAAGAUUCAAUUGUUGUUGCCGAAACUGGAACAUCGGAAUUUGGUAUUUUUAAUAUGCGUGCGCCGAAAGGUGUUACAUUUUUAACACAGAUAUUAUGGGGUUCAAUUGGUUAUUCUGUUGGUGCAGCGCUGGUUGGAAAAGAUGAUAAUCGUCGAGUUUUUGUGUUAGUUGGUGAUGGUUCUUUUCAACUCGUAUGUCAAGAAAUAUCAUCAAUGUUACGAUUUAAAACUAAUAUAGUGAUCAUUUUAUUGAAUAAUGAUGGUUAUACAAUUGAAAAAUUUAUUCAUGAACCUGAUCGUGCUUAUAAUAAUAUUCAAAUGUGGCGUUAUCACAAUAGUUUUGAAUAUUUUGGUGAUGGACUAAAACAAAAUCGAGAUCAAGCCAUAACUGGUUUCGCUGGUCAAGUAAAAACUCGAGAAGAAUUCGAAAAAGCAAUGGCACGAGUAUUAAACGAAACUGAAAAGAUUCAUUUUAUCGAAGUCGUUAUGCCAGCUAUGGAUGCACCGAAAAGUUUAGUACUUACUAUUGAAGGUACAAGAGAAUACAAAAGACGUGAACAAAAAGAACAUGAACAAAGUAGCUACUAA